ACACUUCUGCGUACUACGUCAGCAACUGUGCAGUUGUGUGAAUUUCCUCCAGUUUACAUCGCAUGAUACUGUGUUCUGGCGAAGUGUGGUAGACAGACCUUGUGAUGGAGGCACACAAUCUGAGCUGUGCCAUCUGCUUGGAGCGUUUUAAGUUCCCAGUGACGAUACCGUGCGGCCACACUUUCUGCAAGGACUGUAUCUCCAGACACUGGGAUCAGAGAGAGAAAGUGGGACCUCAGCCUGCCGAAUUCAACUGCCCAGUUUGCAAUGAGACAUUUUCCAGCAGACCCACACUGAAACGCAACGUGUCCCUGUCUCUUCUGACCGAAGUUACUGUUAACAGCUCUGCGGGGAAAGACAACAGUGCUUCGUGUAGAGGAGAUGCAGCCAAUGCUGGACCCGAGCAAUUCUGUGGGCGUCAUCAGAAGCCCCUUGUCUUGUACUGCAGGAACGAUGGCAUGUGUGUAUGUUGUGCAUGCGCUGUGAAUGAGUGCAAGAGCCAUGACAAGGUCCUGAUUGAGGAGGAGAGGAAUAGCCGAGAGGCAGGGCUGAAGAAGAAGGGAUUGGAGGUCAAGAAGUGCAGGGAGGACACAGAGCGGAACAUUCUGGAGCUCAGUGAGAACAUCGCUAAAGCUAAGGUUUCACUGCAGCAGACGUCUCAGUGGGUGAAUGUGAAGUUCACGCAGCUGCUGAAGGUGCUGGUGGAGAAGCAGGAGCUGACGCAGAGCUUUGUGGAGCAGCAGCAGGAAAGCGCUCUGUCCCAGGCACAGGCUCGGCUCAGCGAGCUGCAGGAGAAGGCUCAGCAGCUUUUGGAGCUGGAGGAGCAAAUCGACAGCCUCUGUGCUCUUCCUGACUGCCUGCUCAUACAGGACUCCAGGCUGGUGGAGGUUCCUCAGAUGGGUGAAGUUCCUGUGGAAGUCAGUGUGAAUGUUCAAGACAAACUUAAUCCAGUCACAGACUUGUUGUCUCGUGUCUCUAAGCUGGUGUGUGAGGACCUCGAUAAAGCUGUGUAUGCAGUUGUGGGCCAUGACAAGGAAGGCUCUCCUCAGGAUAAAAGGCCAGUGCUUGCUGUGGUACCGAGUCCUGCCACUCCAUCUUAUCCGGCAGGAAAGGAAGGCCUCAGCGCAUACCGUUGUUCCUUGACUUUUGACCCUCGCACGGCCAACGCCCACCUCCUCCUCUCUCAGAGCAACCGUCGAGCCGAACACCUGACCUCUGGGCCGCGCCCUGUCCCCGCUCACGAAGCUCGCUUCGACCACACCUGGCAGGUACUGUGCUUUGAGAACUUCACCCAUGGCCGUCACUACUGGGAGCUGGAGGUGUCCAAACCGUGGGCGUACGUUGGGGUGACGUAUCAGGCCAUCCCUCGCAAAGAGAAGGGCAAGACGUGCAUGCUGGGAAUGAACGAGCUGUCGUGGAGUCUGCAGUUGGACGAGCGGCAGCUGAGUGCCUGGCACGCUGGCCGCAGGGAGUCUGUAGCUGGACAGCUGCAGCUUCACACGCAGCCCCUGCGGAUUGGCAUGCUGCUGGACUACGAAGCUGGCACGCUGACCUAUUAUGGAGAGGGCCAGGUCCGGCUGCACGCCUUCCAUUGCGUGUUCUCUCAAGAGCUGUUCCCUGCCUGCUGGAUUGGAGAGGGGGUCAGCGUCACCCUCUGCCCGCCGUGAGCCGCAAGACCUAUUCCAAGAGCGUCUGAGCUCAGACUGCAGUCUGGAAGAGUGCUGGACUGCAGCUCAAAAAGCAGAAUUCAGCUCAUAAAAAGCUUGAUAACUUGAUAACUAAUCAUGUACAGGCAGGUUCAUGCACAGUUUCACAUUUUCUCGUCUCAGCAACAAAUUAUCAAGCACUGGCUGUAAUGACUUAAGCUAUGUUCACAUUAUAAGGUUGUGGCACAAAUCUCUUUUUUGUCCUUUUAAAUCAGAUUUAAGCCACUUUCAUAUGUGGCCAUAGAUUAAAUACAACCCUCCAAAAAGUUGUGAUAGUAUGUGAAAUGCAGAUAAAAAGAGGAAGCAGUGACCUGAAAUCCACCUUGACCUGGCAAGAUAUUUUAUUCUUGAACUUAUGAACUUCAUUGUUAUAUAUAUAUAUAUAUAUAUAUAUAUAUAUAUAUAUAUGCUUAUUCUGAAAUUGAUGCCCACAACAUGUUCAAAAAAGGUUGGGACAAUUGGAAAUUUAAGCCUAGGAACAUUGUGAAAUGUCCAAAAGCAUCUUAAACUGGUGAUGGCAGUCAAGCAGGAGUGUAUUACAGGAGCAUCCAGGAAAGACCUAGUUCUGUAUGAGUAAGGAUGAGUUGAGGCUCACUUUGCUAAAAAUGCCACAGUAAAUUAUCCUACAGUUUAAGAACAAUGUUCCUGAAUGAGUAAUUGAAAGGACUUAAGGUAUUUCACUCACAUAUUAUCAAAAAAUUCAGGAAAUCUGGAGAAAUCGCUGUGUGAUAAGGGCAAUGCCAAUGACCAAUGUAUAUUGUAGUCUGACAAGUCAACCUUUCAGAUUGUUUAUGUAACUAACAGACAUUGUGUUUUCUGGUGCAAGAAUGAAAUAGGCCUUCCAGAUUGUCACCAUUUUAUAUUUCAAAAGCCAGGGUCUGUCAUGGUAUUGGGGUGUAUUAGUGCCAUGGCGUUGGUAAUUUAUACAUCUGGGACGGCACGAUUAAUUUCAAAAAGAUAUUUACACAUUUUGUUGCUACAUAUGCUGCCUUCUAGAUGACGUCUUUUUUAGGGAGGCCCUUCUUAAUAUUACAAGCCACAUUCUACACGUUACAACAGCAUGGCUUCAUAAUCAGAGUGCAGGUACUAGAAGGUUCCUUUCAGUUGCAUUUGUAGAGUGGAUAAAUAACAAAAAAUACAGAUUCAAAAACUGGAUCAAUUGGUGUCUACAGUCCUCAAAUGACUAUUAAGUGUCGUCAAAAGGAGAGGUGAUGUAUCACAGUGGUAAACAUGCUCCUUCCCCAACUUUUUUGGAACCAAUUGUAGGCAUCAGAUUUAGAAUGAGCACAUAUGUACAACAAAAAACAACACAUUUAAUAUGUUAACAUUAAAUAUCAUCAUGUGCAAGGUCAUGCUGCUUUGGUGCCAUCUAGUCAUCGAGGCAGAAAAAUGGGAUAUGACCCAAAUAUCGAAAUUCAACAGUACUUGUAAUGUAAACAUAGCCUUUGGUUUGGUAGAGAAGGGAAAUCAUGAAACUGUGCAGAACAGUGGCCCCCUUGUUCAAAACUCUAGCACUUAUUUGUGCAGUCAGCUCUUUGGUACAACAGAAACAGGACUAGAGAGCCAUGCUUUACUGUUUGAACGUCUUGGGAUCCAUCCACGUUGAUCCCCAGGUCGACGAAACUUGAUCGAAACUUUCACUGGAGAGACAAACUGAGGCAUUGUGCACUACCACAGAGAGUUAAGAAGCCUCACAUACCGAUGGCUCCUUUGAUGACACUCCAUGGACGUCUUCUAGUCUUAAUGUUCGACAGCUUCUCAGUCACGUUUUAAGACUCAAGCACAAUAACAUUGCUUGAAGGCAAUUCAAAAAGCACUAAUCUGUGUUGUCAUUGUAAAAAUGUCAAGACGUUGCACGUUCCAUUUAUUUUCUUCAGUCCCUUUUUUCAAAAUGCAAAGCACUUUGGAUUUUUCAAAAAAAAAAGGAAAUUUGUACUUGUAUGCAAUCCAGGUUAGGCUAGAUUUGAUGUGACUUAUUUGGCAUUCAUUUUGUCUAGUCCUGGUAUUUUUAAAUUUUGUAAAUGUUACCAUGAACAAGUUUUGGGGAAACAUUGGAAGGACUUCAGAAAUCACUUAAUUUAAUAAGAGACUUUCGAGGAGAGCACUAAAGGUAUAAGGGUACUGUAGAACUGGAUCUGGGUAUAAUCAAUUGAACACUGCUUUAAAGAGACUGCAAGAAAAGCUGAAUCAAGCUCAACUUGAACGCAGACCGUCCUCAUCUACAUGUUGAGUUCAAAGGAAUUUACUCACCCAUUGUGUCUUUAAGUAGCCAUAUUUCCUAUGGUGUCCUUUGUCAGUAAGUUUAUCCCCUUCCUAUCUUGAGAUUGUUGCAUACAAACUGUGAUACCUGUCAAUAUGUGCAGACUGCAUUUCAACCCAACCUAAAUCCUGCGUAGAUUAGCUGUAUUUCUGUGAGUGAACCAGAAAGUGGGCCAAAUGUGAAGCAAGUGGUCCCCAUAUCAUAUAAAAUUAACUCCCAGUGUAUAAGCAUAUGAGCUUGAAGCCUCUUGCCUUACAGUUAAACCCCACCACUAUUAGCAAGCAAUGUUAGGUUUAGAACUGGACAAUUUCUGAAUAUAGGAUGGAUGUGGAAUCUCUGGGAUCAAAUGCAUUUGCACAAGCAGUAUCUGCUGCAUUUAGAAAGGGAACAAUUAAGAGAAGCACAGUGAGUGAUUAAAUCGCACCACUUUAAAGCUCUGAGCCAUGUUCCUGAUCUUUAAGCAGAGUGAAAGUCAUACUGCUUUUCUAAAACCAGACAAUUAGUGUACCAUUGGGAGAGAAGGAUGUAAAAAGUGGAAAUGUCCUUAGACUAAUAGAGCAUCUGUUGCACUCCUCACCAUGUCAAUCAUGUUACUCCAAAGAGUGCAAUGUAAUUUUUCAAAACCUGUUCCAACUACUGUACAGAAUAUAACUAUAAUAAAAUACUUUUCAACUGAUACAUGUUAAAUUUAAUAAAAUACAAUCCAUUGUACGUCAGACAUUACAGCCGAGACCAUGCUUAGUUGGUUACACAGUUCAUCAUUCAAAUAAAUUAAGUAAUAAAUUAAAACAUCCAACAAGAAAUAGUAUUUGCACACAAGGGGGAGCUGGGAUUGAAGGGGGGGGGGGGGGGGGGGGGAUUGUA